GCUAAACCUGAACUUCACAUCAUCUACCGAGUCCUUGUGAAGACCAUCAGCCAUAAGACGUCAAUCAACAGCGACACAACCACGAUAUACACCGUCGCAUAUCCCUCCCCCCCAUCUCCAACGCCCCUUAACCCAUCAUCCCAAUCCUCCUACUCACAAUGUCCCUCCCCACAACCUCACCCCCAACCCUCGGCCCAACCGCCUCAUCACCACCCACAUCCUCCUCCUCCUCAACCUUCGACUUCCCGCGCGAAUACAACUUCCCGCCCUUCUUCACCAAGCAAACAAACCUCACAACACUCCACGCGCAGCUCGAAAAAUGGUCCUCCCUAAUCCUCUCCUACUGCCGGCACCACCGGCUCUUCCGCCUGUCCCUCUCGUACGAGGGGUCCGCAUACGAAGACCUCUUCCGCAACCGUCGUCUCAACAAAUCCCUGCGUCUCGCCGACGCGCGCGAGGUGCUUGAUUUCAUGCGGAAGGAAGGGCGGGCUGAGCCUGUUUCGGGGAGUGGGGGUGGUGGGGGUGGGAUAAGCAGUAUCAGCGGGAUGGGAGGAGGGAAGGAGGUGGUGGGCGAUGUGUUCUGGAUCUACUGGAGGUCGCCGGAGGAGUGGGCGGAGGUGGUGGAGGCGUGGGUUGAGGAGACGGGACAGAAGAAUACGGUGCUUACGCUGUAUGAGUUGACGGAGGGAGAUGGCACACGGGGGACUGAAUUCUACGGUCUCGACGCCGAAAUCCUCCAAAAAGCACUCCAAGUGCUCGUGAAGCGCGGCAAGGCACAAAUAUUCGGACAGGAGGACCAACAAGGUAUCAAGUUUUUCUGAUGUGGAAUUUGUGUAUUGCAUGUUCCUCCAACAAGGAACAUCUAUAAUAUCUACAAACAAAAAGUCUCGACGGCCACGACUUGCAGCUAUACGAGACCGGAAUAUCAACAGCAGGCGGACGGGAAUAAUAAGAUCCCACCCGCGGC